AUGAGCAUCCGCAAUGUACAGGGAGAGGGUCUUCAGCGCAUGAUCGCCAUCCUUGGCGCGGUCGCGUUUCUGAUUCAAGGAUAUAACCAGUCAGUUAUGAAUGGCUUCACUACGUUGCCCAGUUUUCUGGCCGCCAUUCCGGAGGUCGAUACUGUCAACACUACUGGCGCGCAGGCGUCGCAUAAUUCCACGAUCUUAGGUCUCGUGGUGGCUAUUUUUGAAUUGGGUUCUGCUAUUGGUGCUCUCUCAUGCCUAGCUAUUGGUGAUAGGCUUGGUCGUCCUAAGACGAUGCUGGUAGCUGGAGUCAUCUGUACAAUUGGUGUGGUUAUCCAAGCAUCCACUUACUCCCUCGCGCAAAUUCUAGUUGGCAGAAUCGUUACUGGUGUUGGAAUCGGUCUCUACACAGGAACUGUUCCGAUGUAUGUGAGCGAGUCAUCCAGUGCCACAAAGCGAGGACAGCUUGUGCUGGUAGAAGGUGUCUUUGCACUAAGUGGUCUGGCCAUCGCAUCAUGGGUCAAUUUUGGCAUGUUUUAUACAACAGGCUCAGUCAGCUGGAGAUUCCCCAUCGCUCUUCAGCUGGUGUUCAUUAUCAUCAUUGUUUCACUCACCCCAUGGCUCCCGGAAUCUCCUCGAUAUCUAGUCAAAAAGGGGAGAAUUGAAGAAGCAACCACUAUUAUGGCAAGAUUGCUAGGCCUCCCUGAAGACGACACUCAGGUGUCCAAAGAGAUUGCUGUCAUCCAAGCUGCUCUUGCCAGAGACGCCGGGCAUCGCGAAAAGCAUUCCUCCAAUCCUUUCUCAAUGAACGAAAACAGACACCUCCACCGACUGUUGAUCGCGGCCAGUGGAACUAUGAUCACUCAAAUGACCGGUAUCAAUGUGAUCGCAGGUUAUUCCACGUCGAUCUUCGAGGAGACUCUUGGUUACUCGGGCAGCGAUGCUAGAAUUUUCUCUGCCUGUCUGCAGAUGGCUUUGGCACUAGGCGCCUUGACCGCGAUUUUCCUGGUCGACCGAGUUGGCCGUCGUCCGAUGAUGCUGUUCUCCACAGGCUCUAUGGUUAUAGCCCAGGCAGCUGUUGCAGGCUUGACAUCGAAUUUGUCGAACCCGGCUACAGGCAAAGCAGCUGUGUUCUUCUAUUUCUUCGCCAUGUACUUCCUCCCCAUCGGCAUGUUCAUUAUGCCAUUCAUGUACGGCUCGGAAAUUGCUCCUCUGUCGAUCCGUCACAUUCUUGCCGCGGCCACAGCCGUGUCUAGCUGGCUCUUCAACUUUAUGGUGGCUGAAGUCACUCCUGUUGCGCGCGACAAUAUUGGUUGGAAAUAUGAUAUCGUGUAUGCUGCAACCAGCACGGCGGGCUGUGUACUCAUCUACCUGUUCUAUCCCGAGACCCGAGGCCGAUCAUUGGAGGAGAUUGAUGAGAUUUUCCGUCAGUCCAAGUCUAUCUGGGAUCCUGUCCGUGUGGCCAAGAAGCUCCCCGUCGGCUUCGAUAUGCUAGAAACCAUUGAUCCUUCUUCAAAGGAGGCUUCGAGCCGUACAGAGGCGGCAUGA